AUGACCCACGGCUUUUUGGCUCCAUUUAUGCACUGAAGAGAGAUUUAAUCAUCAGCUAGUGUCACACUAGAGUGACUCAGAGUGAGGAGGGAACCUCAGACUCCUCAGACUUGCAUGUACUCAGAGCUUGACGGAAGCCCAGGAAAUCUCCACCUCCAGAGGACGGUGUGGUCAGGUGGCUCAAUCCUUCCUUCCUCAGCACAGCGGGCAGACCGCCCUCGGCUGCAGGUCCCCAACAGCUUCUCCAACUCCAGUGCAUCUUCAGUAAGGUCACUGUCUUCUUUUAUUGUUCAAGAAAGAAGAGUCCCUAUCAUAUACAGGAAAAAAAAAAUGUUCUUUUGGGUGUUAGCCCUCCUAAUUUUUUGUGGUUUUCUAUGGAAUUAUAAAAGACAACUAAAGAUUGCAGAUAUCACUGAUAAGUACAUUUUCAUUACUGGGUGUGACACGGGCUUUGGAAAUUUAGCAGCCAGAACUUUUGAUAAAAAAGGAUUUCAUGUAAUAGCUGCCUGUCUGACUGAAUCAGAAUCAACAGCUUUAAAAGCGGAAACCUCAGAAAGGCUUCAUACUGUGCUUCUGGAUGUAACUGACCCAGAUAAUGUCAAGAGGACUGCCCAGUGGGUGAAAAAUCAAGUUGGGGAAAAAGGUCUCUGGGGUCUGAUCAACAAUGCAGGUGUUCUCGGUGUGCUGGCUCCCACCGACUGGCUGACAGUGGAGGACUACAGAGAACCUAUUGAAGUGAACUUGUUUGGACUCAUCAAUGUAACACUAAAUUUGCUUCCCUUGGUCAAAAAAGCUCGAGGAAGGAUUAUCAAUGUCUCCAGCAUUGGAGGUCGGCUUGCAAUUAGUGGAGGGGGCUAUACUCCCUCAAAAUACGCAGUAGAAGGCUUCAAUGACAGCUUAAGGCGGGACAUGAAAGCUUUUGGUGUGCACGUUUCAUGUAUCGAACCAGGAUUAUUCAAGACAGGAUUAUCAGAUCCAAUAAAAGCCACUGAGAAAAAACUUGCCAUUUGGAAGCACCUGUCUCCCGAUAUCAAACAACAGUAUGGAGAAAGUUACAUUGAAAAAAGUCUAGACAAACUGAAAGACACUACUUCCUUUGUGAACGUGGACCUCUCCCUGGUGGUGGAGUGCAUGGACCACGCUCUCACAAGUCUCUUCCCUAAGACCCGUUAUGCUGCUGGAAGAGAUGCCAAGACCUUCUGGAUUCCUCUGUCUCACAUGCCAGCAGUUUUGCAAGACUUUCUAUUGUUGAAACAGAAAGUAGAGCUGGCUAAUCCCAAAGCCGUAUGAUGCAGCUGACAACAAAUGCCUGCCCACCGGCUAUGAGAUUGGGUGCUUUCAAAGACACAUCUCCUUUUUGGUCUCAUUCCUUACCUAAUCCGACCUGGACUUGUUUAAAUCAUGCUUCUUUUGAUCAAUGAAGGGGUCCCACCAACACCAGGAAUGUCCCAGGGUCCCUUUUUAAGCUCUCUUUGAAAAGAAAAGCGGUGAUGACCUAUCACAUAGAAGGGCCAGGAUGGCACCUGCCCAAUAUUUAGGCUUUGCCUACUUAGUACGACAUAAGGGAAAUUGAAAGCCUUACCCAUCCAAAAUGAUCUCUAUCACCACCAGCUGCAUGUUUCUAGCCCCCACCCCUUGAACUCCAGAAUGUUAAUUAUUUGUCCCAUAUCAAAAUGUUCAGAGAUAGCUAGAACACUUUCAUGUGGAUUGGUUGUGUCAUUUUGCUGAAAAGAAGACUUUGAAGGACUGGAACUCAGUUUUGCAAGCUGUGGUAGGUCAGGAGAAGGAAGGGUGAGGAAGCAUUAUGUGACAGGUACAAAUUAAGGGGAGCAGAGAAACAGUAGGUAGGAUUGCAAGUAGGAGGGUAGGAAAAGAGCAGAAGGACAGAGGACUGAAAAGAAGAAACCAGUAUGGAAGUGGAUGGAGUGGGAUUCCAAGACAAGCCUGCCUGUUCUAGAGGGAGCUGUGGAGGGUGAACCGUCUAUUCAAAGUCACUGUGAACACUGAGGCCUACACAGCUGUCUUUGGAAAGCUGGUAACAGCAGAGUAACCAGUCAUUCUAAGGAAGAAAAAGGUGGGGUAUUUAUGUUGACUAUGGAGAUUGUAAAUACAACAAGACCCAGAAUAUCUGAAACAACUUACACCCAAGAUGGUUGGAGAUCCUCCAUUUGAUGUGUCUCUGAAGCCCCAUGAAGAUAUGGAGCUAAAUUAAGACUCUCUUUGACCUACAGUUACUGUGACAGCAGGUCUGCUCCUUGCUCACAACCAUGUCCUAAAUUGGACUGACCCUGGCUCAUCUCCUCCAAAAAUAAGUUCUCUAAACGGAUGCUUCCCAGAUGCCAGCACCCAGUAUCACUCACUUAGGUCAGUUGAAGAUUUGUGUGAAAAGGCCCAAAGUGCCAAAAUUCAGUAUUUGUUGCUAAAUAAUAUAGAGUUAAAGAGCCAGGAAAAUGACAGAGUGUACACACACACACACACACACACACACACACACAUGCUUAUUGUGAAGAAAAUACUUAAUAUCUGCCUCAUAAAACAAUACCUAUUUGAAGAUAUCAGUAAUUCUAUUCAUUUUUAUUCACCUUUCUGGAAACAUCUGUUUGUGAGAUAAUUUCCACCUUUCACAUUUACAGCAUAUUAAUGACUUUGAAAAAACAAAUUUCCAAUGGUGUCGGUCCACCUGGACAUAAUGUUAUUAUUUUAGGGGAAAAUACACUCAUCUUUAUUAUAUGAAAAUGAAGAAAAUAACAGCAAGAAUCAGAAUUCUCAGGCAAAGUUAACUAAACUCUUGUCACUUCCUACCCAUGAAGUCCUCUCCAUCUUGGCCCUAGCUCCAGAGACGACUCACCUUAGAUCUCUAAUUUCUUCUUGUUGCAAUUAACCACCUGUGGGGUAGGGACCCCUUGCACAGCUUGUCCUUGUUGCUGAAGUUCAUCAGGGUUGUUUGCUGGGCCUCUUCCUUCACACCCUGAACUCCCAGAUCCUGGCUUCGUUUCGCUGUUUUAAAAAUGUUUGGCCUGGUGUUCCCUGAUCUUCUUAACAUCUGCGGCUGCCAAGGCUUUUAAAAUCUGCAGGAACCUGCUUUGCUGAACUUCAAACCAUUCCAGUUGUGUUCUUGGGUCUUCCUAAAGGUGUUAUUUCCUUUAUUUUACCUAGACCUCCGUUCUUUGCUCAUUUCUCCAAGUAACUACAAUUGGCAAAUUCCUGUUUCACUCCAUCCAAAAGUAUUCUACUUAAACGAAUGCUCUCAAAUAUGGUACCAUCUCAAAAUAAAACCAAGUAUAUUCACCGAA